GUUAAAAAUGGCUGAUUGUUUUCAGUGAUUGAAUUUCGCUGCACGAGUCUUUAGAUUUUAAUUAAUCUUUUCGAAUCAUGGACGCGGUUCAGAGACACAGAUCGAUGUACAAAGGCACGACUCCACCAUGGAAAGAAACAUACAGGAAGCGCUGUGUGGAGCGGUUAAAAAACAGCCGGUCAAAGUUACUGGAGAAGUUCAGACAGAUUGAAGAUGGUACAGGUGGAUCUAAGAGCUCGCUGCUGGUCCAGGAGGUGAUGGAGGAGGAAUGGAGCGCCUUGCAGUCGUCUAACCAAAGUCUCCCUUCGCUGUGGAACGGAAACGGUAUCAGAGAUGUGUAUACAGCCCAGCACGAAUUCGAUGAACUGGCAGCAUUUGAAGAAAUUCAGCAGGAACUCAUAGCGCAAGAGCUCUUGAUUCUUGAGGAAUAUCAGAACAGCAUGCAGUAUGAAGAACAGUAUUUAAAUUCAGUGUUGGAGGGAAUGGAGCAGUGUGGAGGGAUCAUAUGUCCUAUAUGUCACGCGAAUAAUCUGACCGUAAACAGCCAUUUUACAUCAUGUCCAUGUGGACUUUACGUCAACACAAUUGGUAGGAACAUCACAUCGGAGGUUUUGCAGAAUCUCCUUGAAAGACGCGUCACGGAGCACAUGGAGGACUGUCUUCACAACCCCACGUUCUCAAUGGCCUUUAACACUGACGGGUCACCAAACCUCAUGAUCAGCUGCAAGGUGUGUGACUAUCUGUCUGUUGUCCUGUGAGCGGUUCAUCUGCACUACAGAGUCUGGGCGGAUAUUUUUAAGUGUAUCGAAUAUUUUAUUUCCUUGAAAUAAUAAAGACUUUAUUUUUAAUCUUUAGCAUUCACUACGCUAGGGUACUGAUUUGUUUGUUUCUAAGCAAACCAUAAAUAAAAAUGGCUUUAAUCAUGUAACUGUUAUUAAAAAAACUGAACUUUUCUUUAUUUCUCUUGUAUUGUUUUGGAUCAGUUAAUGAGCUUGUGUGUUUUAAAACUACCAGAAAGUACGGAGCCUCUGAGAGGACUUUUUCUGAAAUAGUUUUGCAUGCCCUCGCAAUAAAUUUACCAUGGAUCUACUACAGUAACCAUAUUUUCACCUUGAUAUUCAUAGUAAAACCAUAGUAAUAAUGCAGGAAAAUGAAAACUAUGGUACUAAAAAUCUUUGUGGUUAUGGUUCAGCUACAAAUGCCAUGGUAUUUGUAGUAAAACCAUAGUAACCACAAGAUUAACCAUGGUUAAUCUACAGUAAAACCAUGGUGACUAUAUGGAUAUAGUAUACUGUAUUAAAACCAUCGUUUCUGCCAAAAAAAAUGGAACUGUCGUAGUUACUACUAUAGUAAAGCCAUGGUUUUACUACAGUAACCAUUAUUAUACUAUGGUGUUUGUAUAGUAAAACCGUUAAAAUAUUAUUGUAGUAAAACCAUGGUAAAUUUAUUGCGAGGGAACGAAAAAAAAGAAAAACAAAAUUCUCAAGUUAAAUGGUGGUUGUAUUUUGUUUUCCUGCCUUUAUGCAGAUGUACAUUUUUGUAUUACUGUAUUGUUUUAAUCAGAAUAUAUAAUUUAAUUGAUAUAACCAAAAUGUAAUGCCACAAUCAACAGUAGGUCCCCCCCCCCAGAAAUGUUGUGUAUGUUUAUGUUUAGU